GGACAGGGAGGGAUAUUGAGAGAGACAUGAGGAAGGAAGUUGGAUACGGGGGACAAGGGAACGCAUGUAGGCUUUGGGCUAACAGACAGACUCAGCACAGACCUGGACAAGUGAGACAGGUUCUGUCCUAACUGACAAAGGAAUCCAGGCACACAUCCACCUCCUGAUCCUCUGCUCAACACCUGGGAUAUCUAAAGGUUUGGGAACCCCUCCAUCCAGGCUUCGCCCUGGAGGCCAAAAGCCUCGCUGAGGGCUCUGCGGAGGGGGAAUGCUGUGAGAGCUGCUCACCUCCUCCUGCACCCCUUCUUGUGUCCCCUGUGCUCACCGUGGAGGAGCCGGGCUUCACCACUGUGAGGCUGUGCCAAGAUGGAGAAGACAUCUGCCUGACAGCAAGUGAGGGAUACAUGGAGGAGAUGAGUGGAGAUCCAAACUGUGAAGACAUGCAAAGGAAAGACCAACGAUUGCCAUUCCAGAUCUUCCCUGACCCUGUUGAGGUUGUCCGGGGCCCAGAGACCACUUUGAACUGCCUGGACCACGACCAUGCGAAGGAGCGUCUACCCUCCAUCGUUGUGGAACCCACAGAGGUGAGUGAGGUGGAGAGCGGAGAGCUGCGCUGGCCUCCGGAGAACAUGGACAUGGAGGAAGACGAGGAGGACCUGUUCCUGGAGCAGUGCAUCCCCCCAGCCAAUAUCGCAGACUGGGGAGAAGAGGAGGAAGAAGAGGAGACAUCAGUUAUACUGAACCAGCAGCAAGGCUUGACACUCAUUGACCUUCAGUCAGAUGCAUUUAGAGAUGACACCCCAACCCUUCCACCGAGCAGCGCUCCGGCCCUCAACUGACUUAACCUCAGAGAACUCUGCACCUCUGGUGACCUAGUUAGGAAGCAUCCUGAUAUUAAGUAUGUCAAAGUAUAGAAACCGGGGAGUUUGUGACAGAUGAUGCAAAGAGUGAACUGAAAGCCAAUCUUGAUGAAGAGGAAAACACAAGUUUUUAGAUGUCAAACACUGAUAACAGCUCUACAUGCCAACUGUGACAUUUAGAUCAAUGUGUACAAGAAGAGCCAAAUACAGACAUGCCAGUACGCAUAGGAACAGAGACACAAAUACACACAUUCUCAGACGCACAAAUAAAAAGGUCAGCUUGCUGAUGUUGGUGACAGAGAUUUGAGCAGCAUGGUGUCUUUGCUGUAUUUUUAAACAUUUAGGUAAACUUUUGCUGACAUCGUGACUUUGUGUUUCAUUUCCCUUGUUUUCAAAUUUUUAAGGGCUCAUUGAUGUGGCAACACAUUUUCUUUUCUUUGUGCUUUGUUCAUUUUCUAUACUUAAUCUCUGUCUCUGGUACAGAUAACAGCCUAUAUCUUAUUAAACAUCUUUCUCGUAGAUCAUCAUUUUGACCCCACACGUGGCUUUUGAGGACAUUUAGCUGGUUUUAGCUUCAGUAUGAACAGUAUUUAUUAAAGCGCUGUAAAAUACGUUGGCUCUUCUCUGAAACCACUUGCUGUUUUGCUCUGUUUUGCUGAAUCUGUGGAGCAUUGUAAAAUGUGAUAAAACAACAGAUUUUAUUGAACACAUCCAAUGGUUAUUUUAUUUAUUUCCUAAUAAAGCAGCAAUACUGUAUCUCAAAUUGGAUGUCUCAUCAUGCGAUGUUGUGAUCUUAAAAUCAGCAUUUUACACAGGGAAAAAUCACUGGUCAGAGGCUUUUUCUCACAGGAUUUGUUGUCAGGCAUGUAGAACCAAGAAAAGGAAGGCAGCUCAAUAUAGUUGAUUUUUAUAGUUGAUUACAACAGUUGUAGACACCAUUGAGUUGUAACUGUCUAAUAAUAGUCUCAUUUGUGUGUAGGCCGAUCUAUGAAUUACUUGUAUAUAUGGAUAACACAAUAAGUUGUUGUGUUAAAAUGAUUAUUAUGAAUUUGACAAUAAAGUAUUUUGUCCCACUAA